UAUUAAUAUUCUUCCCGCGCACUUCUUCUGUUGACAUCGUGGAGUUCUCAAUAUCAAAAGAUUACAACUAUACUUGUUGAAUUAUUUCAAGGAAACUAGUCGUUUGUUGCUUUGAGUAAUUUCCUUCAAACAAAGCAAAAAAAUUAUUAAUAAAAUGAAUAAUAAAUUAACAAAGCCAAAGGAAAACAACGAAAAUUUGUGUCCAACAACGAGAAAACGUUUAUCUAGCAAAAGUGCGACACAAACCCCAUCGUGGAAAUUAGCAAAACUUGAAAGUACUUCAUCGCCAUCAGCUCUUACAAACGAAUAUUUAGAAGAGAUGGGCAUUGGAAUGCUAGAUUCAGAGGAGAGCUCCUCAUCAGCGGCUUCCGCCAUAGCAUUAGCUGUGGCUAGUGCCGAUGAAAAUUCCAAUGAAGCCACCCCAAAUUUGGAUGCACCAAAAUUUUGUCAUCAACAAAGGCAAAUUUACCGAAAUAUGGACACAUCCUUGCUAGAUGCAACAAAUGAUAAUGCUAGCAAUCACAGCUUUUUGGAUCCCAACGAUACAUCCACCUCUUUACAAAGUGGAAAAUCUACAAAUGGACAACAUCAACAUCAGCCACAUCCUUUGAAACAACAUCCGUUAAAUAUAAACAACAAUUCAAAUUCAUCAUCAUCUUUUGACAUAUAUACAGAUGAACAAGGACAACAUACAAUACAGAAGACAAAGAUCAAUGAUAAGUUUCACAUGCCAAAUAAUACCGCACUUGCUGGUAGUCAACAAAAGAAAAUUGCCAUCUUGGGAAUGGGAGCAGGAAAUGUUGCGGCGUCAGGUGGGUCGGCCAACAGCAACUCACCCUCGUCAGCUGGAAAAAACACUAGAAGUCCUUUGGCCACCGUGGCUUGCAACAGUUUCCUCAGAAAUGCCCAACUGCAGCAACAGCUUUUAUUGCAACAACAACAGCAGCAAAUGCAAUUACAACAAAAUACCUUUAAUAAUUCCAUGCCACAGAGGUCACAGUCUCCCUCAAUGAUGCCGUCUACUAGUCAACAGGCAGCUAUUUUAAAACAACAGCAACAAUUGCAAAAACAAUAUAUUCAACAACAAAUGCAGCAACAGAGCGUUCAUAUGGUGGCCCAGACGCCACGAUUCGCUCCCUCCGACACUUUCUUUCUAUUUCGCAAUCAAACCAUGCGUGAACGCAAUCCCGAUGGCAAGGAUCAUUUCAAUACACUUUCUGAUGAGAUUAUAUUGCAAAUAUUUAAAUGGUUACCCAAAAAAACUUUGCUUCGUUGUGGCUAUGUAUGUCGCCGUUUCAAUCGUUGUGCCAGCGACGAAUCUCUGUGGACACGUUUGGAUUUGGGCGGCCGUUCUAUCAAAGCAGGUGCAAUGGAAAAUAUUCUUAAAAGAGGCGUUGUCAUACUGCGAUUGGCUCAAGCAGAGCUCAAUCAUCCAGUUUUCGAAUCUCGCUUUCUAGAAGCCGAAGCCAAUUUUGAAUCAAAACUACAGUAUUUAGACUUAAGCAUGAUCACCAUAACGAAGCCUUCGCUUAAAAUGUUACUGUCACGUUGUCGGCAAUUAAAGAAACUAAGUCUAGAGCAUGUAGCUCUCAACGACGAAAUAUGUAAUGAGAUUGCCAAAAAUACUGGUUUAGAGGCCUUAAAUUUAGCCAUGUGUUCGGGUCUGGAAGCCUGGAGUGUUAGGAAAAUUAUGGAGGCCUUGAAACAGUUGAACAGUUUAAAUAUAUCAUGGACGAAUUUAUCGGUUGAUGCGGUUACAUCUCUGGUAACAAAUGUAACGCCAAAUUUAAUGAGACUCAAUGUGGCUGGUUGCCGUAAAACUAUGUUUGAUUCACAUUUAGCUAGUUUAGCAAAACGUUGUACUCAACUGCUGGAAUUAGAUUUAUCCGAUUGUACUGGACUAACUGGAAAUGCCAUAAGUAUUAUAUGUAAAUUUAAAAUGCUCGAAUACUUAUCAUUAUCAAGGUGUUAUCUAAUACCUGCCACUGCAUAUAUAGAAUUGCGCAAUAUGCCCACACUAACUUAUUUAGAUAUAUUUGGAAUGCUAACUGAUUCAGCUUUGGAAAUGCUGGAACAUACAUUUUCAAAAAUUGGCAUAAACAAAUUCAUUCAUAGUUCUGUAGCACGCCCCACUGUUGGUACCCGGCGAACCUCCAUUUGGGGACUACGUACACGAGAUUAGUUUUAUAAUCUUUUGUAUAAAUAAAAAAAGAAACAUUAAAUAUUUUAUCGGUAAUGUUCAUUUCUUUCAUAUUAAAAAAGUUUAAUUACAUAAAAAAAAAAAAUAUUUUAUUUCCACAUAUGUUUCAAGUAUCUUUUUCCCUUUGAAAGAAUUCAUAAUUAUCUUCACAAUCGAUUCAUUAUAAAAUUUUAACAAAACUAAAUUGUGGAAAUUUUAUUAUUUUUUAUUAUAUACCGAAAUCCCUUUUUUUAUACAAACUAGAAUAGUAUACUAAUGAAACCUACAGAGUAACGGCUUAGCUCUAAACAACUGUAAUUCUUUAUUUGUGAAUGAAAUCAAAUUUUAGUUUAAGAAUUGUGUAAAUAAAACAGUUAAAAAUGA